UUAGCAUGACCAACAGUAACUCGUCCGCAUCACAACCAGAAGAAUUAUGCCUUGUUUGUCAAGAUAUUUCCACAGGCUAUCACUAUGGUGUCCCGUCAUGCAAUGGAUGCAAAACAUUUUUUCGGCGGACAAUCAUGAAAAACCAGAAUUUUGUUUGUCAAUAUGAAGGAAAAUGCCCCGUUGAUAAAAGUAUUCGUUGUGCAUGCCGACAUUGCCGCUUUGAGAAAUGUUUGCAAGUUGGAAUGGACCGGAAUGCAAUUCAGCAAAAUCGUGACCCUAUCGGUUACACUAAACGAACACGACGAUAUCCGCCAAUCAAACGAGUCGAAAGUGGUUCAGAAGAGUGUUCGCCGAAGAGCAGCUUAUUGAGUGCUAACGAAUCUGCCGAAGAUGCAUUCCUGACUUAUUUGGCAAAAGUCGAAGGCCUUGCACAAACGUUGCGAUUGAGCAAAUAUACCUCAAAUAGCCAUCUGAUCGAAGCGGUGACAGCGCCUUGCUUGCUAGUUGAUGAGAGCUUCAUGACAACGAAUUCAGAAGUGGCACCACAUCACUCAUACACUCAACUACAUUACGCUACACAAUCCGAUUACCAUUAUUGGUAUGAGCGUGACUGGAUGGUAAUGAUUGAAUGGGCAAAAACUAUACCAACUUAUGAACGAUUGCCACUGAUCGAUAAGCUUGCUUUGCUCCGACAUUCCGCAAUCACGUACCCCAGCCUUAUUCACACUUUCUUCUCACCCGAUCAUGGCCUUGAUACCAUUGUCUUUCCGAAUGGCGCCUAUUUCGACAGGACAAAUGAGCCAAUGAGACCGACAGGAUUCAAUCGUAAGAAAUAUCAAAUGCUCGAUCAGUUGCUGAAGCCAAUGCGAGAGAUGGAAAUUGACACCACAGAAUUUGCUGCCUUCAAAACAAUCUUCUUUUUGAAUCCGGAUGCUGACGAUGUCAGCUCUGCCUCCAAACAAACGCUUAGUGAAGGCCGAAGCUCGGUAACAAAUGCGCUUUAUCGGUAUAUGCUGCGAAAACGUGAUGCUGAAGAGGCUGGUGAUAGAUUUGGGCGACUUUUGCUGCUCGGCACAGUGCUAGCUACAAUGGCCGUCGAAAUGAAGGAAGCUGUACUUGUCGCAGACUUUUUUGAUCAAAUCAAAUUCAGCACAUUUGCCAAACAAUUACUAUUUGGCAUUAAACAAGAAACAGUACAGUCCAACCACACCUGUCGUGCAAAUCGAAAUGAUAUAGUCAUGAGACAGUCACUACCUCUAAUACUUCUGCUUCUGUACUGUGUUCAGUAUUCGACAGCUGCAACACCUUCUGCAAAGAAAUGCUCCUCGAAUCUAGACUGCGAAGAGAUUUGGCCGGGAUCUACUUGUCAACGUUCACGCUGUAGAUGUCCAGAGAAUUACGUGCGUAGAAGUAGCCCAAGCAGAAAUUGGGUGUGCUUGGCUGUCAACGAUGCAGCAACUGGCCAAGUGGGUCCGCCACUGACCUGUCCCCUACCAGAUGGUGCCGGUUAUCAGGUUGUGCUGCGCAGUGAGAAUUCCAACCCACUUAGAGCAGUUCCUGUACUCUGCUCCGCCCACGGAAACGAAUGCCAGCUUGGCUACGAAUGCAUCCAAGGACUAUCAGCAAUUGAUGGACUGGAUGGGGUCUGUUGCCCGGAUCAGCUUACCACGUGCGCACAUCCAAUAUUUGACCAUGAAUCCGGAACUCUACGGCGUUGGGGAUUUGACGGGACAAAAUGCAUCGAAUUCAAAUGGGAUCCGGAAAAACCAUCGUCUGCGAAUAACUUUAAAACUAAACUGCAGUGUGAAAGUUAUUGUGUCAACAUAUAUAAAUGAAUAUUCUAU